AUGAUGCGGCUGCUGCUGCUGCUGCUGCUGCCGCCGCUGCUUCACGUCUGGGCGACCACGCCGGAGCCCUGCGAGGUGGACGACGACGAUUUCCGCUGCGCCUGCAACUUCACGGACCCGGAGCCCGAGUGGUCCAGCGCCUACCAGUGUGUGAGCGCCGUGGAGGUGGAGAUCCGCGGCGGCGGCCGCAGCCUGAAGAACUUCGUCAAGUUCGCCGACACCGACCCGAAGCAGUACGCGGACGUGGUCAGGGCUCUGCGUCUGCGGCGGCUCACGGUGGGCGAUGCCCAGGUGCCCGCUCUGCUUCUCUUCGCCCUCCUGCGUGGGCUCGGCUCCUCCCGCCUCAACCAUCUGGCCCUCGAGGACUUGGAAGUGAUCGGCCCGACGCCGCCGCCGCCUCCGGAGGCCACCGGCCCUGCGCUCUCCACCCUCCGUCUCCGGAACGUGUCCUGGGCGGCGGGGGGCGCCUGGCUGGCCGAGCUGCAGCUGUGGCUCAAGCCGGGCCUCAAAGCGCUGACCAUUGCGCGGGCACACUCGCUCGCCUUUCCCUGCGCCGACCUCCGCGCCUUCCCCUCCCUCACCACCCUGGACCUGUCUGACAAUCCCGAGCUGGACGAGCGCGGGCUGGCCGCGGCGCUCUGUCGGGACAAGUUCCCGGCCCUCCGGGAGCUCGCGCUCCGCAGCACCGGGGUGCAGACCCCCGGCGGCGUGUGCGCGGCGCUGGCGGCGGCGGCGGUGCGGCCGCAGCACCUGGACCUCAGCCACAACGCGCUGCGCGCCACCGCCGCGCCCGGCGCGCCCCCGUGCGUCUGGCCCAGCGCGCUGAGCUCUCUUAACCUGUCCUCCGGGGGCCUGGAGCAGGUGCCCGCAGGACUGCCGGCCGAGCUCGGCGCGCUGGACCUCAGCAACAACCAGCUGAACCGAGAGCCGCGGCCGGAUGAGCUGCCCAAGGUGAGGGAACUGGCACUGGCCGGGAAUCCCUUUCAGGACCCGAGGAACUCUGGUGUGGUCACAGCCUGUGAGCGUCUGAUUCAGACCCUGUGGGUGUCAGGAACUCUGGUGCUGCUGCAAGGGGCCAGGUCCUUGGCCUAA